AUGGGAAGCAGUUGGUCCGACAUCGCGGGAAGGCAGCAGACAACUACUGUUGACCCUAAUGCUUAUUCUGGGUAUCGUCCAAAUAUAAAUGACCAAAUCGACGAUGAGUUCAAUAAGUCGGCUCACAAUGGCCUACUUUCUGAAAAUGACUUUAUUGAGAGUAUGUUCCGCCGGUAUGAAACUGAGCGGGAAACAGCUCGGCAAAUGGGCGAAUAUUCCCUGCAGAAAUUCAAUGAAAAGGCAAUUAAACCCAACGAAGCUCAUCUGCGCGAGGAAUUUAAAAAAUGGGACUCGAAUAAGGAUGGUCAUGUUGACAGAGCAGAAUAUGAGCAAGGCGUCAAGCAAUUUUUAUGGGGGUGGUCUCACGAAGAGAUUGUUAGGUCCAGAUUCCAUCCGCGGGGCUAG